AUGGAUACAGCAAUUGAAUCAACAAAUGGGUCAUCUGAAGAAAUAGUUGGGAAUGUGGCAUCUCAUCCCCUUACAAACCAGGCUGAUGAUCCAAGGAUAAUAAAAAUUCACAGAGUAUUGUUAUAUGGUGCAAUGUACGAUUACUGGAGUGUAAUUUAUAGAGAGAUUUUUAAGGGAGAUCCAUUUAAAAAUUCAAAAUAUUUAACUGCUAAGAUAUCAAAGGGCGGGAACAUCGCUCUCCACAUUGCAGCUAAGAACAACUGCAUUGAGUUUGUCAAAGAACUAAUAAAGUACAUGCUGAUAGAAGAAUUGGCUAUUAGAAAUGAUGAUGGGGAUACCGCUUUUUUACUUGCUGUUGAAAAUGGAAGCAUGGAAAUUGUGAGCACAAUGUUUGAGAAGAAUAAAGGGUUAUCAAAUAUACGUGGAUAUUUAGAUGAUUUACCAAUUCACCGAGCAGCCAAGUUGGGCCAUAAAAAGAUGGUAGAGUUCCUUUAUAUGAGAACUGGAGAUUACUUAAAUGACGAGGAUUACAUCAAAUUGAUUAACAAUCUAAUAAGAAGUGGUUUAUAUGGCUUAGUGCGGUAUUAUUUAUACAUAAGGCCAGAGUUAGUCAGCUAUCGUCAGAAAUCCAAUGGGGAGACAGUAUUGCAUAUCUUGGCUCGAGCACCUAAAUUUGCCAAUCAAAAACAGGGAAUUUUUAAGAGAUGGUACAAAGGUUCAGAUAGCGAAAAGGUCCGCCAUGGCCAUGACCGAAAGUUGCCGCCAGAAGCACUUGAAUUAGUCAAAUGGCUUUGGCAACAAAUUAGUCAUUUGGAUGAAGAUAAGAUUUCAGAAAUUAUUGACUACCCUUGGCCAAUAAUGUUUACUGCUGUCAAAGAAGGAAACAUUGAUUUUCUAACCAUUCUUGUUCGUGAAUGUCCUAAUUUGAUAUUGAAAGUUGACCAAGACAAUUAUAGCAUAUUUCACAUUGCUGUUUUGAGUCGUCAAAAAGAAAUAUUCAAACUCAUUGACCAUGUAGGUCCAACGGUUAAGAAAUUAAUACUUGAGAUCAAAGAUGAUGAAGAAAACAAUAUCCUGCAUUUGGCUGGAAUGAUGUCACCACUAGAACGGCUCAAUAAUGUAUCAGCGGUAGCUGUCCAGUUGCAGCAAGCGUUGUAUUGGUUUAAGGAAGUAAGUCAGAUUGUGGAUCCAAAGCCAGCAAAAGCUAAAAAUACAAAUGGGAAAACUCCUAGAGAUAUAUUUUAUGAGAAGAUCACAGCGAUAAAGAAUGAAGGGGAAAGUGGAUGA